UUUUUUUUUCAGUGUCGCUAAAGGGAGCUAGAUUAGCUCAGGUCUAAGGAUGUUUUCGAGGACAUCCCCACCAUUCAUCUCAAGAUCAGCGAUUUACAUCGUUGGUGGCGGUUUACUGGGAUACGGAGCCACUGAACUACUAUUUAGCUCCGAAACCUUCCAGUCCAAAGCUCUAUUACCAGUGAUUAAUCGCUAUAUGGAUGUGGAAUCAUCGCAAAACCUCGCUCUACGAUUCGCAUCAUGGGGUUUUCUACCUAAAUAUGGCAGUAAUCGCAAAGAAUAUCCAGAAUUAAAGUGUGAGUUCCUCGGAAAAUCGCUUAAAAAUCCAGUCGGACUUGCUGCGGGAUUCGACAAGAACGGUAAAGCAAUUCGGCCAUUAGCGGAGCUGUCCGGAUUCGGUUUGAUCGAAAUUGGCUCAGUCACUCCUAUACCGAAUAAGGGUAACCCUCGACCUCGUCUAUUCCGGUUGGAAGAAGAUGAAGGAUUGAUCAACCGUUACGGUUCUAAUAGCGACGGCGUUGGCAAAGUACAUUUGCGAGUGCGAUCAGCAAGAACUGAAUGGAUGGAGAAUGCCGCCAUUUUAGGCAUAAGUCUUGCAAACAAUAUGCUUACAGACGAUUCAAUGUUAGACUACGAGAUUGGCGUGAACUAUUUUGCACCCUAUAGCGACUACAUUGUGAUAAACAUUUCCCCAACUAAUGCACGGAAUCCAACUUUCGUGGGGAAGAAUGGUGAACUAAAAAAGCUUAUGCAAUAUGCUAAACAUCUAUUGGACUGCUCACAGCUGGAGUCUAGGCCUAGAAUUCUUCUAAAAAUUCCCCCAGAUCUGAGUGAAAUCGAAAAGAAGAAUGUUGCAUCGCUUUCCCUAGAUCCGAAAAAUGGAGUCGAUGGUCUUAUCGUUUCGGACACCACUAGCACUCGACCGGACAAUCUUAAGAGUGAAAAUCGACUAGAAAUCGGUGGACUUAGCGGAGCUCCGUUGCGCCGAAUUAGCACGGAAUGCGUUCGAGAGAUGUACAGGUUAACCAACGGACAAGUGCCAAUAAUAGGAUGCGGUGGUAUUUCCAGUGGCGCAGAUGCAUAUGAGAAGAUCAAGGCUGGCGCAUCUGUGGUGCAGCUUUACUCAGCUCUCGUUUUCCAUGGUUUUCCUGUUGUCGGAAAGGUAAAGCGAGAACUGGUGGAACUUUUGAAGCAAGACGGGUAUACGAAUGUCAGCCAAGCUGUCGGCGCAGAUCAUCGAGCUCGAUGAUCGCAAACGAAACUCCAAAUUCGGAAGCAUGCUAUGGAAUAGUUGUAGAUAAUCGACAAACAGACAAAUAGCUCAUAGUUGCCAAUAUAACGGCUGAGCU